UUUCUGAGUCGAGUCCGUAAAGAUGAGUGAGAACCUGGAUGAAUUCAUUCUUCGAGGUCAGACAUCUGGUUCAUCUCUUGCUCAAAAAGGACCAGAAAAGUUUCUCCGAACCAAUUCUCGAUUCAAUCAAGCAGGAUCUUACUCGGAACAUUUCGAAAACCUUGAUACGUUAUGGGGCAAGGUAGAGUUCGCAUUUGAGAAAAAUAUUGGAACUUUGCCAGAAGAUGAUGAAGGAUGGAAGACCGUGUCGGUUUAUAGCAAGGUGUUGCAUGCAGUUGCAUUGUUGUCCGGAAGAGUACUUGUCAGUGCCCCAUUGUGUCGAGAUGAAGAAUGGAUAAGGGCGACUAUUACAUACACGGUGAUCCUGGGAGCAACUGUUGGGGUGCUCUGGAAACGUCCUUGGUGGUAAAGAAGAAUUCUUGCGCCCUUAUACUUCCGAUCUUUGCAUGGUGUGCACAGGAAGGCCGAAGAAAUGUUGAAGCCAUUCUUUGAACGCAAAGCUACGUUUGAUCCCUCGGAAUGGGAAAAAAAGACAGGAGAGCAAAAUGACGGAUAGCUUAUCAGAUGUCUAUUGUCACAUACCCCCCAAAAAUCCGGAAAGAUCGAUGUGAAGCAAUUGGCCCAUGAUCAGUUAACGGUGAGCUUAGCUGCUAUCCACACAACAAGUAUUACAAUAUCCCAUCUCUUGUACGACCUGGCAACCUAUCCCGAACACGUAGCUUCCCUUCGCGAAGAGCUUGAGUCGGUCACCGCGGAACACAACAGUUGGAGGAAAUGGAAAAUUGAGCAAGGUGGAAUUGACCAAGUUGUGGAAAAUGGAUAUUUUCAUAAAGGAGUCGCAGAGAUUGAAUCCAUCAAUUCUUGCUAAGUAAGGAUCGUAUCCCAAGAGAAUGGAUGUUAAGACUAAAUUGUGAUUUUCCGAAUAAAAGUUCAGAUGCGUCGAUACCUCACCUCUCCAUUGACUUUACCGUCAGGUCACAUCCUCCCAGCAGGAACCUACUGUCGUGUUGAUGCUCAAAUGACAAAUCGCACCGUUCCAUAAUAUGAGGCAUCUCCAAUGACGCACCAACAAGCACCAUUCGAUACCUUUGAUGGAUUCCGCUUUAGCAAGUUACAAUCGGUGCCAUGGAAUGAAAACCGAUAUCAAUUCGUUACGUCCAGCACAGAAAGUUUAAACUUUGGGCAUGGUAGGCGGUUCAUAUCUUUAUGUUUGUUCCAUUUCAUCUUGCUAAUCAACAAUGAAUUAGGAACACACACGUGUCCUGGGCGCUUCUUUGCCAGUGAUGAGAUCAAGAUUGCGCUUGCUGAGAAACUGCUAAGAUGGGAUGUGAGAUUGAAACCGGGAAAAGGAAGACCAGCGAAUCUUUCUACGGACACAAACGUGAUGACAAACAUGAAAGGAGAAAUCCAGAUGAGAAGAAGAGAGCUACUUUGAGAGUUAAUGAGUAGAAUAACAUUUAAAAGGAUUUCCUCUGU